AGGUGUCACUUUUCUUUCCUGCGGCCCGUCACCGCUGAUAAAUGGCACUGGGGCAGAGGAAGGAAAAAGAAAACCUCCGAGGUCAGCGCGGGGCGAGGCGGGUCCCUCCGAGGGCCCUCGGCCCAGGAGCACGAAGCGCGCCCGGCUGCGCUCAGGCACCCCCGGCAUGGCCAGGGGUUCUCUCUGCGUGCUGUUGUCUCUUUGGGUUUUCGCCGGAGCCCCACGCCCACCCGCCUCUGAGUCCUGGAAGAAAGGGGCGGCUCUUCGCCCCCCAGCGCCCCGGAAAAUGGGGAGCAAGGCUCUGCCAGCGCCCAUCCCGCUCCACCCGUCGCUGCAGCUCACCAAUUACUCCUUCCUACAGGCCGUGAACACCUUCCCUGCCGCAGUGGACCACCUGCAGGGCCUGUACGGUCUCAGCGCCGUGCAGACCAUGCACAUGAACCACUGGACGCUGGGGUACCCCAACGUGCACGAGAUCACCCGGUCCACCAUCACCGAGAUGGCGGCGGCGCAGGGCCUCGUAGACGCGCGCUUCCCUUUCCCGGCUCUGCCCUUUACCACCCACCUCUUCCACCCCAAGCAGGGAGCCAUUGCCCACGUCAUCCCAGCCCUGCACAAGGACCGGCCGCGUUUUGACUUUGCCAACUUGGCCGUGGCCGCCACGCAAGAAGACCCCCCUAAGAUGGGAGACCUGACCAAGCUGAGCCCGGGGCUGGGUAGCCCCAUCUCGGGCCUCAGUAAAUUGACUCCGGACAGAAAGCCCUCCCGAGGGAGGUUGCCCUCCAAAACGAAAAAAGAGUUUAUCUGCAAGUUUUGCGGCAGACACUUUACCAAAUCCUACAACUUACUCAUCCACGAGAGGACCCACACGGACGAGAGGCCAUACACGUGUGACAUCUGCCACAAGGCCUUCCGGAGGCAAGAUCAUCUGCGGGAUCACAGGUAUAUCCAUUCCAAAGAGAAACCCUUCAAAUGUCAGGAGUGUGGGAAAGGAUUUUGUCAGUCUAGAACUCUCGCAGUUCACAAAACUUUACAUAUGCAGGAAUCUCCACACAAAUGUCCCACAUGUGGAAGAACCUUUAAUCAGAGAAGUAAUCUGAAAACUCACCUUCUCACCCAUACAGACAUCAAGCCCUACAGCUGCGAGCAGUGCGGCAAAGUGUUCAGGCGAAACUGUGAUCUGCGGCGGCACAGCCUGACUCACACUCCGCGGCAGGACUUCUAGAGAAGCCCAGGAUCUGUCCCGUGCCGCCGCUGCUCCCCUCCCCAGACACCUCUCCUCGCCUGCCCCCGCCCCCACCGGGGGUUCCACCCCCAAUCCUUCACUGACCCCAGCGCUUCCCCUGCUGCAGCCGCACCUGCAGCUGCAGGGAGUUAAUUCUUCCCAAGGACUGGGGACUGUAGAAAGCCACACAGUACAUCCCUUCACCAAGAGCAUAUGCUAGUUUCUUGUAGAUAUUCACAGCUCAUUUUAGAGCUCUGUACAUAGUGUCGUGGGUCUUUGUUUUGUUUUCGUAUCUUGUUGGAUGCACCUAGAUAUGGAAAAUGGAAGCCAAAUUUAUUUUUAAAGACUGUAUUUUCAAAAUAAAACUUUUUCUUGUCUGUUUCAACACUUCCACAAAAGUGUCUUGCUACUUAACUUCUAUUUUUCAUCUGGAUUCUGGAAGAGUGGGAUGCCUCUAAAAUAUUUGAUAUGGAAGGGAAUUCUUUAUCCCUAGGGUAUCAAAAUAAGACUUCUCAGUUUUUUUGAAUUGGA